AUGCCGAGUUCGCGAGCCCUCUUCCUCCGAGGUUUCGGCGGCGUCUGGCUCUGUGCCUUCACCAGCUACUACCUCCAAUUUCCCGGCCUCUAUGGGAGCGACGGCUUGCUGCCUGCGGGCCCAGCGUGGCGAUCGUCCGAGCGUGUGCCAUUCGCCGACCGGCCGUCUCUCCUUCUGUUCCUGGGCACCGAGGACGACGUCGACGUUGCGUUGGAGCUGAUCUCCCUCAUCGGCGUGCUCGUUUCGGCCAGCGUGCUCGCCGGCGUGCUCCACGCAUCGCUCUUUGCGCUGCUGCACCUGCUAUACCUCACCCUCUUUCUGGCCGGCCCGACCUUCUUGGCCUUCCAGUGGGACAUCUUCCUGCUCGAGACGGGAUUCAUGGCCAUCUUCUACGCGCCCUUCGGCGCCACGGUGCGCGACAUCGACGUCAUCGGCCACCCGAUGGCAUGGGUGCUGCGGGUGCAGUGGGUCAAGUUCAUGCUCUGCUCUGGCGCGGUCAAGGUCUUCUCGCAAGGCCCAACUUGGCGCGAGCUCACGGCGCUCGAGUUCCACUUUGCCAGCACUUGCCUGCCCACCGCCGAGGCGUGGCUCUUCCACUCACUCCCACCGGCGCUCCUGCGUGCCGGCGUCGCCUUCAUGUUUGUCUGCGAGCUCAUCGCGCCGUGGCUCCUCCUCCUGCCCGUCACGCCCGUCCGCCGCGUCGGAGUGCUCGUGCAGGUUGCCUUUCAGGCUCUGAUCCAGCUCUCCGGCAAUUACAACUGGUUUAACCUGCACACUUGCGUCCUCCUCCUCCCGGCUUGGGCGGCGGACGCGCCCUCGCAGCCCUCCGGGCGGCCGCCCCGCGGGCUGGUCGCCCGCCUGCUGGCGCCUGCCGUCGCGUGGGAGCAGCUCUGGGGGACGAGGCUCGGAGGCACGCUCGGCGCGGUGUCCGCGCUCGGCGCGCUCGGCGUCGCGGGGGCACGCCUCUUUCCAGUCGCCGUGGAGUGGUCGGCGGUCCCGGCGGGCGCGGGGCCGCUGGAGACUCUGACGGCGCUGCUGGCGACACCGCAAGCCGUCCGGAUCGGCAACCAUGCGACCGAGGCGUUUGUGCGCGAGAUGCUCGACUCUGCGCUGCAGUCUCAGUGUACAGGACUCUACCUGUACACGGUCACCGUGCUGUCGGCGCUUGGCUAUUCGCUCGGCGGCGGCGGUGGCCCCUCGUCGGGCGCCGACGCAGCGCUGUGCGUGGACGCCCGGACACGCGGGGCUGGGAGGGAGGAGGAGGAGAAGGAGCGGUCGCCGCUCAUCCCAUCCAGCUGCCCCGAAGGGGAGGGGCGGGGAGGUGGUGAGGAGGGGCGGGUGGGGGGCGGGGCGGGGUGGCGGGGCGCGCUGGGCAGCAUGGGUGCCGUGGCGGGCAGUGUCGGGCGGGCGUGCCUCGGAGCGGCGUCGCUGCUCCUCCUCGGCGUGACGCUGCUCCCCCUCUCCUCGAUCGCAAGCCAGCCGGUGGAGGCGCUCGUGCCUUCCGUCGCCGGGCUGCGGCGCGCGACACUCGCGAUGCACGCGCGGCUCCGCCCGUUCCACGCGACCUCCUCGUACGGGCUCUUUCGACGCAUGACCGGCGUGGGGCCCCGUCGCAGCGAGGGGGUGCCCGAGGCGUGGGGCUGGGGCGGCCUCCCUCCGUCCAUCGUCGAGGUGCCCGCCGUCGCAAUCGAGGGCCACCCGAGCUUGCGGGGAGGCGGGGGGGCCGCCGAGGAGGGCUGGAUCGAGAUCCCCUUCCGGUACGCGCCAUUCGGCGAGCGGCGGGCGCCGCGCCGCACCGCGCCGCACCAGCCACGCCUCGACUGGCAGAUGUGGUUCGCCGCCCUCGGCUCGUACCAGCGCAACCCGUGGCUGCUGCAUCUCGCCUACAAGAUCCUCUCUGGCGGCGAUGGCAGCGCGACGCUCACCCUCCUCGACACCGCGGCCUACCCCUUCCCGCCCGAUCGGCCUCCAGCACGCGUGAGGGCAGUCCUCUACCACAUCGACUUCACGCGAGUGCCCUCUCCAUGGGCCAACCGCAUCCCCGGCGUCGCCCUGCAGCCCGCACAAUGCGGGUGGGCGGGGCCCUACGCGGCGCUCAAUGCGAGCAGCCGGUGUGGCCGCUGGUGGCGGCGUAGGCGGGUGCGCGAGUACUUCCCGCCGCUCGACCGAGGCUCCCUCGAGGAGUUGCUGAUCAAGCCGAGGGGGUGGCCCAUCUUUGCAGACGCUGCGGCGCGGCAGCUUGACCCGUGCCGGGACCGAGCUGGCGAUGCAGGAGGGAGUGACCGCGCGCUGCCGGGCCCUGUCUGCGACGCUACCGUGCUCGCGCGCCGUGCCGCUGCGCCGCUGCGCCGCUGGGUGGGCUGGGAAUUGGGCGGGCUGGUGUUUUUGGAUGCGCCGCUCCUCGUCAUUGCGGCGGCGGCGGCGCUUGCGCUCGCACUCGGAGCCGCCGCGCGUAGCUGCGGCGGCGGUUGCGGUGGCAGGCGCAGGGGUCAGGCUGCAAGUGGCGUUAUGCUGUAG